AUGAAAACCCGAUGGCAUUACUGGGUACUCAAAGAAUCAUAUACCAAACACUGUGACAAAGCAGAGCACCAUAGUACUAAAAAUGAAAAAUUAUGGUCUAAGAUAAAAAAUGGCAUGUGGAUACAGAUGAGAAAAAUGGACAAAUAUGUCUCUGGAAAGCGCAGCAACAGCCGCAACUGGUUCUUUUUGGCACAUCCUACUACACUCGCUGUCACUGAAAACUCAAGAUAUAUUCAGUUUACUAAGGAUGUAUCUCAGCCUUUAUGUCUGGGCCACACUGUAACAUCUGGCAACCUUGAUUUCAUGACAGUAGGAGGAGGAAUUGCUUUAACCAUGGGGGCUAUGAAAAGAAUUAAUAGACUUCUGAUUAAUUGCCAUCUCCUUCUCCAGGGGAAUAAGUCCGAAAAGUAUGCAAAUCCAAGUGUGAUUUGGAACUUAUCAGAAGAUACGCAGUUAGCAGUCUGCCUGAAACACGUAGGAGUUCUUGCAGAAAGUAAAGAGGAUUCCCAAAGAAGAAUUCUAUUUAACACAAAACCAACCACAUAUCUUAUUCAAGGGACAAUGUCUCAUAACCCUGAGCAAGUAGUAGAAGGCUGCUGUUCAGAUAUAGCUAUUACUUUUAAUGGACUGACUCCCGAAAAUAUGAUAGUAAUGACAUAUGGCGGGUACCAGUCCAGAGCAUUUGGACAUUAGUUUCGCAACACACUGAUUUUCUUGUCUCCAGAUGGUUCAGAAAAUCACAGAGGACUGGGAAAUGAUAGAACUGUGCUGUCCAAGAGCACUUGAAAUGUGGCUAGUCCAAAUUGAAAUGUGGUAGAACUGUAAAAUA